UAACUUCCGCGGAAGAAAUAUACAGUGCACAGCAAUGGUGGCUCCAGAAUUCUGAACAGCCAUUUAUAUACAUUGAUUAUUAAAGUGGGCGACACACAGCACAUACAGGCGUGCACAGGUGAAUCUGUUUAUUCGUAUUAGAAGAAGGAGCGGAAGUCAAGUGCAAGAUGGAGAACUGCAGCUUCCACAGCCAGCUGCUGUCCGUCAUGGAGGUCCUGGCCAAGGCAGCGGUGGCGGAGAUAAACCGGCGUGUGGAUGACAGCUGCGCGGUGCUCCGGGUGGAGGUGAGCCAGAGCCGGCGGGACAUCGACCAGCUGAAGAGGAAGUGUGAGGCGAUGGAGGCAGAGCUGAGGAGGACCAGGAUGAGAGCCAGGAGGAAAGUGUUUUAUCCUCCAGCAGCCGAGAGGUUCUCUCCUCUAGUCAAAGUCGUGUUGAACAGAGAGAGACAGAGCACAGGAUGGGACAGACAGGUGGAUGCUAAGGAUCAAAAUCAACCCCAGCAGUGUGCAGACAUGGAGCCGGCUAAUGAAGCUGAACACGUACUGAUCAAAGAGGAGUGUGCAGAGGAGGACACGUGGAAGAACGACUCAGAGGACAAGCUGAUCGCUAAAGACGAGCAGCCGCCAUCUUUCGAAGCCUCACAACCUGCCCAGACUGACAACUCCGUGGAGCGACGCUACUCGGCUGAGACCCCCGCCGACCCUGGAGCUCUGGUUUCCCCGACGGACGGCUACAUCUCUUUCCCCGAGCAGCAGCUGAAGAGAAACCAAACUGAGGCAGAACUCGGGGUGAAACACGAGAGAGAGGAAGAGCCCGAUGAGAACGCAGCUCCUCUUGAUUCAGCCCACAAGUUUGUGACAGAGGAAGGUGGCGGGCCGCUGUGGCCGUCCAAUCUGUGCAGAGACGCCCCUGAUCCGAGCUUCUCAUACGCUGAGCAACAGUAUGAGCCGGUUCCCUCUGUGUUCCCAUCUCAGAGUGGGUUGCGUUUGGAAGACCUGGUGCCCCAAAUUCACUCAGUCGGGAAAUCACAUUCAGUCGUGGUGAGCGCAGCACGAGUGAAAAGACGAGCCAGAACGUUUGGAUGUAAGCGACCACAACCAGAUGAAGGACACAGUGCUCUGUCUCAGAUUAACACCAUGGAUCAGUGCAUGGUUCCGCAACAAUCACAGCAUCAGCACAGAGACUCCGCGCCUCACGUGACGAACCCGAACCAGCAUCCGACGCCGCCAAACCCAGCGGCCUCUUCCUUCUGCGGGCACAGCCGCGGCAGCUUCGGCCUGGCGAGGAGGAUGAGGACGCCCUGGAGGUCCGGCAUCGGCGAGAAGAGAUUCAGCUGCACGUACUGCGACAAAACGUUCAUGAGGUUCAGUCAGCUCAAAGAGCACCUGAGGAGUCACACGGGGGAGAAACCGUUCAGCUGCCUGCAGUGCGGCAGGAGCUUCACCAAACAGUGCAACCUCAUCAGACACGCCGUGGUGCACAGCGGAGAGAAGCCCUACGAGUGCUCGCUGUGCGGGAAGUGCUUCACCCAGCGCUCCAGCCUCAAGUCCCAUCAGAAAACAGCGCACUGAGUUUACAGGGUUUCGUUUUGUACAUCUGACUCCUGCGUUUAGUAAUUCAAGAAACAUUCCAUGUUUUUCACUGUAGCUAUGCGAUAUAUUGAUAUGAUUGUUUAUUGUUUAUUGUUUUUAAUAUAAAAUAUGUGAUAUAAUACUGACAUAAUGAAACAGACUAGUCUGAAAUCGGAAUACCACAGUUAAGCUUAAAGAGCCAUACUUUGUUUUUUUCCUGCUGCUCAAGGAAGCCACUAGUUUUCCGUACAGUAUGAAAAACAGUUAGUGGACUCUUGAACCUUACUUUGUCCUCACUGCGUUACCUCACAACAAUAAAUACACUCUAUGAACAAAAGUACUGGGACACCUAGACAUUACUUUUAUGCCCGUUUUUUUUUUUGCCCGUUCAUCCAUUUGUGAGGUCAGACACUGAUGUUGGACACGAGGGCCUGGCUCGCAAUCUCCAUUCUCGUUCAUCCCUAAGGUGUUUGAUAGGGUUGAGGUCAGGGCUCUGUGCAGGCCAGUCAAGUUCUUCUACACCAAACUGGGAAACCCAUUUCUUUAUGGAGCUGCCUUUGUGCAGGAGGCAUGUUGUCUAAAAAUGUAUGUUGCAGCAUCAAGAAAUGAGCCAAAACAUGCUAAACCACUGGUAUGGUCCUUUAAAUGUGUAACUUCCUGUUUUGAAAGGCUAAUCUGACUAGGUGAGGUAAACAAAUAGUGAAUACUUUGGUCAUAUCAACAUCACUAAUUAUCUUAUUUCUUAAAAAAAUAAAAUGUGUAUAAUUA